AUGCUUCGAGCCCUACUUUUUCUUUCAUGUCUUGCCAUCGUUCAUGCGCUCGACAUACACGGCAAGGUAGCUUGGAAUGAUGCUUGUCCAGACAUCAAGAGCCUCGGUCAUUCUAAAGCUGUUCUCGACGACGGAAGGAUGUCCGGAAGCGUCGCUCAUACCGGAGAUUUUGUGAUACCCAGCGUUCCCCCAGGAACCUAUCUUUUGUCGAUAAUUUCUCAUGACUACACCUUUGAUCAGGUUCGCAUAGACGUCUUCAAUUCGACUCCAGAAGCAAGGCCACAUGUUCCCGGAACGCCAUUCAACCCCCCAUCUACUGUGCUAUUACCUUAUCCAAUAGUACUCGUCCCCAGGCAGAAAUUGCUCUACUUCGUCCCUCCUGAAUCGUUCAAUCUGAUCGCAAUGCUUUCCAACCCAAUGAUGCUGAUGAUGGUGUUUGGCGGCGGAAUGAUGUUGGCAAUGCCCUACCUUGUUAAAAACCUUGACCCAGAGUCACUGAAAGAGUUCAAGGAGCAACAAGCUAAAUUCGCCGGGGUGCAGAAUGCAAUGGCAUCUGGGGAUUUGAAAUCUGGGUUGACUGCUUUAAUGGCUGGGGAUGAGGAAGUUCAAUCUACACAACCCGCUCCUCCGACAUCAAACAAGCCAGCGGGUAGUAAUAAAGGCCGAUCAAGUAAGAAAGGAAAGCGAUAG